GAUUAAAAAUAUAUAUUUGUAGAUAUUUAUGAGAAGUUCUAAUAACAAACGUUUUAUAAUUAUAUCAUAAAUUUUUUUAAAAAUUCUUUUAAAUGUAGUUUUUAACAUUUAAAUAGCUCUUCAGAGAUGUAACAAGUGUAAUAAAAUGGCUCAGCAUUAGAUACGCGCAACUGAUAUAUAUGGACGAGAUUAAUUCUCAAAAACAGAAGAAAUUAAUAGAAGUCAUUCGUUUGAACAAAAUGUUUCAUCAAAAAUCUUCUUACACAUUCGAUUCAUAUGAUGGUCAAAACCGCAAGUUCCAUCAUCGUUGGCACGUGCAUGGCGAUGUUUACGAGUGCAAUUCAUGCAAUAGCAGCUGCGAUACAAUGGACUCAUAUAGCAAACAUUGGCAAAAAAGAACUCAUCAAAAUCUCGUCUUGGAUAAAGAGAAAUUGAAUCAAUUGCAAUUAAUCGAAAAUAACAAUAUUGAAACUUUUAUGAUUUCCGAUAAAUGUAUCAACCAUGAUGCGCGUAAAUUUUUAAUUGAUAUAAGUGUGCAUCCGAUACCAAAUUUGCUACGUUUACUCUUAGUAAGUGCUGAGGAGCUGAAAAUUACAGUAAUAUUCCAUGCAAGAAUCAAACGUGAAGAUUUCAACUUUAAAAGUGCAGAAUUUUCAAUAGUACAUCACUACGAUAUCAUUGAGACUAUUGAUAUGGCAUUCAUACUAUUAGAAACUAAAAUAAAAAACUAUAUAAAAUCGACAUUGCAAAAAGGUUAUUUGAUUCGUCAUCCUUUUCCUAAGGAAUUAAGUGAAUUUGAAGUCAGAAGAGUAACACUAAAAAUCAAGCGGGAAAAUAAAAUUAUAAAAGGUGUACGGAAAACACCUUUACAAUUACCUCUACAAUUUCGCAUAAAAGACACGGAAGAUUAUGAGAAGUACAUAUUACGGAAUAGAGAUGAAGAGGAAUCUGAACAGCAACAUCGACGAUGUCAAUACGAGUAUGCAUGUAAUUUUUUUGGUGAUUUAGAAGAAAAUGAGGAAAUAUUCAAUGCUGAUGAAACUCCACCACUUACUAAUCAAGUUGAUAUAAAAGAUGUUGAAGCGGCAUAUGUGGAGCAUCAAAAAAUUGGUAACAUGGAUCCAUUGAAUAAUAUGCCAAAAACUAAUUUGUAUUGCUUCCAAGUCUGUCAGAACUCAUGUGAAUUAUAUGCUGUGCCUUAUCAUCUCACCACUCCAAUUGAAGAUACCAAGGCACCAAAUUUCAUCAUACUUAAUGAUGUACAAGGGCGUUUUCAAAACUUGCUACAAAUUAGCGAUAUUGAACGUUUCUUAUUACUGGAUUUACCAGAUCGUGCCAUGGGUUGUGAUAGAUGCAAUUUCAAAUUCUGGAUAAUAAGCAAAUUCACUCUCCAUAAAAUGUUCAAGUGCGGCGCAGAUUUUACAAUUACCAAACUUCAAUCAGAAAGCGUCGAAAUCUACGAACACUGCUUCGAAUUGAAGCCCUCAAGUGAUAAAUGGACUGUAUAUGGAGUUGCAGAAUAAUUUCCUUAAAUUUAUUAUUUAAUAAUAAAAAAAAAUGUUUU